UUAAAUCCAGUAGUUAUUGGAAAAAGCGCAUCCGACUUUGCAUAAACAACUCAUACACCCUCUCUCUGACCUCAAGACGCGUACCAAAACACGUACGCGUUACUUCCGGAGACCAUUUAUGAAUGGAUCGAUACUGUGCAUCAGAGAGGCUGGAAUACUUGCAAGGGCUUGUGACGGAAUUUCAGGACACUGACAGUGAAGAGGCUAAAGAGCAAAUUCUGGCCAACCUCGCCAACUUUGCCUACGAUCCACACAACAUGGAAGCUCUGCGGAUGCUUCAGGUCACAGAGCUCUUCUUGGACAUGCUGACAGAAGAAAACGAGAACUUUAUAGAGUUUGGAAUUGGUGGCCUGUGUAACCUCAGCAUGGACCGAGAGUGUCGUGAUCAGAUUUUGCAAAGUGGUGGAAUUCCUCUAGUCACAGGAUGCUUGUCGAGUCACAGAGAUGAGACAGUUUUGUCUGCCAUCACAACAUUAAUGAACCUUACCACAGCAUCAUCACGCUUCCAAACCACAGACAGCACAGUAGUGCAGUGCAUGCUGCGGUUCUCACUCACACAGAACCCUCGCCUCAGCAAUCUGGCCACGGUUUUCUUGCAGGACUACUGCACUCAGGAGCAGGUAGAAACUGCAAAAGAAGUUUUACAAGGACAUAGCCAGUCAGCCAUUGGAAUUCCUCUCCCCAAGGACUAGGACCUUAUGAUUUCUGUGCUGAGCUCAUUGAAGAUGGACAGCAUAAAAGCAUAAAUGGACCUUGUGUAGUCUCUUAUUUAAAAUUACUGUGACUGCUGGGUUUCUCCAUACGUUUCAGGUGCUGCUUCAGCGUUCCUCGGAUUCAGUCUUGCAGAGCUACAGUUCCCAGUUUUAUUAAAGUACUUAGCUCCUAGAGUCAUUUUUACCUCAUUUGACAGUAACUUAUCGAACAGAUGAUUAAAAGAACA